AUGGCAUUGACUCUGCCUUCGAUGCCGUCGGCCCUCCUGUCCUCCGUUCUGUCAGCGGAAUCAUUGGCCAAAAAUCUACAGAUCAUCUUGGCCACCCUGACGCCGGUCGGGCACGAGCUCAAGGCUGAGGAGAGGUACCUGUUCGACCUCAUCGCCGCCGCGCUGGUGUCGCCGCACAUCCUCCAUCACAAGCAACACACAAUCAAGCAAACGGUUUUGUCCUGCCUGCGCGAGGUGGUGCGCAUCUCGGCGCUCGAACCCACCAGCGAUGCCGAGCUCCUCUCCCCCUCAUCCUCUCGAUCACGCAACAAGGGGACGGCCGAACAGACGGAACAGUUGGCAUCGGAUGUAGCACAGGCCAAGCAGGCCGAGCCCGAGGAGGAGGACUUGGCGUCGAGCUGGAAGCGGAAGAAGAGCUCCAACCGAAGGAACACCCCGCGAAGCAAGCAGCGCAACACGCUGACCUUCACCGAGAACCAAGAGCAGGAGCAGCUGGAGCAGCAACACGAACCACAGCUCAAGAAGAAGGCCAGCGACGGCGAAAAUGGCAGCGACGGCGGCGAGGCUUCGGCGAAGGAGUCGCCGAGGCGGCCGAGCGGCGCCGGAGAUGACGAGUCGCUGGCUCUCUACUCGCGGCGCGGCAGCCUCAGCUACGGCCUCCCGGCGACCUACCUGGUGCACCAGGCCGGCCUCGAACCAACGCAGCAGAUGGACUUUCGGCGCAAGUCGAGCGGGGACGGGAACAGCAGCGACAGCGACGGCAACAAGCCGUGGUUCCUCUCGCGCCGCGCGAACGGCACGGCCUCGGGCCACGAACCCAUCAGCCUCGAGAGCCAGCUGUACUCCGCAUCCGGCGGCGAGAUGGGCGCACUGUUCAGAACGACGGACUGGGCGAAGACACCGCUGGGCUCGCUCAGCAAAUGGCCGUCGAGCCUCAAACUCGCGCUGGGCAUCUGCCUGUUCUCCCGGUUCAACAUGCUGCUAUGGUGGGGCGAGGAUCAUAUAAUGUUCUAUAACGACAGCUACAGCAAGAUCAUCGGCCCACUCAAACACCCUCGCUUCUUUGCCAAGCCCGGUCAGGAGUGCUUCCCAGAGAUCUGGCACAUCAUCGGGCCUAUGAUCGAGUACGUGCGAACGACCGGCGACGCUACCUGGGUCGAGGACCAGCUCCUGCACAUGAACAGAAACGGCUAUCUCGAGGAAUGCUACUUCACGUACUCGUACAGCCCUAUUUUCCUGGAGGACGGCACCAUCGGGGGAGUCUUCAACGCCGUAUCGGAGACAACGGCCAAGAUCAUCAACGAGAGACAGCUGCGAAUCCUGCGAGAGGUGGCGACCCGCGGCGUGGGAGCCACGUCCACUGCGGACGCGCUCACGAUUUGCGCAAACACGAUCCAAGCCAGCGGCGGGCACGACAUUCCGUUCGCCAGCCUCUACCUGCUGGCCGAGGGCGGAGCAGUGGCCAACCUGGUGGAAGCGGUCGGCUGUGAGGCCGGCUCGGCGCUUGCGCCUACCACCGUUGCCUUCGCCCGCAGGAAGAAGUCCAUUGGUAGCGAUACGACGACCGAGGAAAACAGUAGCGUGCUGUCGGAGGAGACGUGGAGCAGAGUCUUCCGACUGCUGGUGGAGGAGGGCAUCGAAUCAGAGGUCGAUCUCGUUCCCUAUGGCGACGCGGUCCCUCCGUGCGGUCCCUGGGACACCCAGCCCACGUCGUGCCUCAUCUUGCCUAUCGUCUCGCAAAUCAAUUCGAACCUUUUGGCCGGCAUCAUGGUGCUCGGCGUCAACCCGCGACACGCGCUCGACGACAACUACAGAAUAUUUUUCAAGCUCUUCGCCGGCAACGUCGCGUCGGCCAUGGCCAACGCCACCGCGCGCGAGGAAGAACGGAGGCGAGUCGAGGCCCUGGCCGAGUUGGACCGGGCGAAGACGAUCUUCUUCUCCAACAUCUCGCACGAGUUCCGCACGCCGCUCACCCUCAUGCUCGGCCCGCUCGAGGACAAGGAGCAGCUCCUCCUCAUUCACAGGAACGCGCUGCGAUUGCUCAAGCUCGUCAAUUCGCUGCUCGACUUCUCGCGCCUAGAGGCGGGCAAGACUAACGCCGUGUUCGAGCCCACCGACCUCAGCCAGCUCACCCAGGAGCUCUCGACAAUCUUCCGCUCGACCAUCGAGAGCGCCGGCAUGAAGCUGAUCGUCGACUGCCCCGCCCUCGCGCAGGACGCCUACGUCGACCGCGACAUGUGGGAGAAGAUCGUACUCAACCUCCUGUCUAACGCGCUCAAGUUCACCCUCCAUGGCCAGAUUGAAGUUCACCUCGCCCAGCUCUCUGAUACGGAAGCGGAGUUGCGGGUGACCGACACUGGGAUCGGCAUUCCCGAGUCAGAGCUGCAGCAUAUCGGCAAGCGCUUCCACCGCAUCACCACCGAGGGCGGGCGCUCCCACGAAGGCACCGGAAUCGGACUGGCCUUGGUGUACGAGCUGGUGCAUUUGCACGGCGGAACGACCAUGGUGGAAAGCCAGCUCGGCAAGGCGCAAUUCCAAAUUUCUGGGGGCCGCUACGGGCCACAACAGCGCAAUUCCAAAUUUCAGUCUCAAUCAAUCAAAUGA